CCCUUGGCCUCAAGGAACAAUGUGAGACGUUGCCUGAAAUGUUAAUUUCCGUUCCUCAUUUCAUCAUCCCCUGGCAGGGCGGUAGCUGUAUGUGUGUCUGAGUGUGUUUGAGUGUGCCUGUGUAGGGCUGGCCCUGCCACAUGGAUUCGGUUCCCUCUCAAAGAGGGAUUGGGGUGUGUUUAAAUCGUGCAUCUUGUUUCAUUUUGGGGGGAGUCUUAAUUUUCCUCGAGGCCUGCUCUUCCUGGUGCACCUUUAAGGUUUCUGCUUCUGUUGUGUUUUUGGAAAACCAGAUUUGUAUACCAGCUUCCAAAGAGUGUUAGAAGAGACUGUGAAAGAUUAAGCAGGGCUGAGAGGGCCCUACCCUUGAAAACCUUUUUCUUUAUAACAGUUAAGAUGUAGCUUGCUUAGAUGCGUGGUUUUUCUCAGGUUAGGAGAACAAUUUUAUAUCCAUUUGCAAGAACAGGAUGGUUUUGCAAAUUUUUUGGAGGGGAAAUCGGGUUUCAGCCUUUCUUAAACAAAAAUCUGGUGAGUCUGCAGUGAUUUGAGCAAUAUCCUUAACACUCCUUUUCAACUGAGGAAUAGGAGUGCACAAUUGUUUAACUGCAAAACUUAGAAUAUUUUGGUUUUUUUGGAGGCGUAAUGAGAAGUAUUCAGCAGAACUAUGUAAGAUGAUAUUACUAGUGGAAAACGUGCCAUUGAAAUAGUUACUAUUUUUGGUUAGUGUAAACCCAGUCAAUGGCAUAACUUGGAUAGUUCUAAACCAGAGACCCUGAGACUAUUUAUUUGCUGCCUUUGGGACCUUGAUUUCUCUUACUAAAUGUUGACUGUUCUGGAAGACCUGGAGUUCUGUUUGUGUCUUUUGAGAAUGAUUGCAUAAGUACUCUGAUACUACUUUGCAACUGUAGUUUAAAAAAAAAGGCUAAAUAUGUUGCUCAACUUUGAUUGUGAACCUUGAAUUGGAUCUCCAUAUAGUUGGUGUUUCCUCCCCCACCCUCCAUUCAGCUGUUGUUCUUCUCUUUCUGGUGUUUUCACGCUUAAGAGCAGGAUCUCAUUUGAUAGGCCGGCCAUUCUGAAUGGAAUGGAAUGGGAGGGAACAAAGACCAAGUUGCUAAGACAUUUUCCUCUGUUCUUUGUGCAUGCGUCUUGAUUUAGUUGAGUGAAAAGCUACCCAAAAGAUAUUUCUAAAUUUGACUCAAACCUGAAACUUUGAGAAGUUUGUUCUUAAAGGCGUCACAGUCUUGAAUUCUUCAUUUGCAGUUCUGAUUGUUUUGUCCACCUUCUAACUGCAGUGCCUCUGUCAGAUGUUUGUCUCUAGACCCUCUUACACAGCCGUGUUGAUCACACUGCCUCUCACUAAACUAGAUGAACUGCUUAAGACUAGUGGCUUUCAUGUUAGCUGUAAUUAUAGUGUUGAUGCAGUGACAAAUAGGAUUUUCUACAAAUUUAGUUAAAGAAACUAUGCUAUUUGUAUUUGAGACUAUUUUUCAAGAAGCUUUGUGUGCCUUGGAUUUUUAAGUAGGUUUGACAUUGUAAGGUUACGUUUCAUCAAAUAUAAGAGGAGAGUAUUUUGCAUAUGGGCAAUGAGCCCAUCAUCAAUUAAAUAACAUAAUUAGAGACUAUCAGUAAAUGCUUGUUCAGAGAAUAAUCUGCGUUUGUGGCCAAAAUAAGUGUUUCGAUCUGUCCAUUACUCUUUAUAAGUCUCUUAAUCCCUCAAAUGGUAAGUGUAAUGGGUGAGCUGCUUUUAAUAGUAAGAUAACCCGUUACUGUUGAGUUGAUUCAGACUCGUAGCAACCCUAAAGGACAGAGUAGAACUACCCGGUAGGGUUUCCAAGCUAUAAUCCUUACGGAAGCAGACUGCCUCAUCUUUUCUCCCACGGAGUGGUUGGUGGGUUUGAACCACUGACCUUUUCCUUAGCAGCCGAGUGCCUUAACUACUGUGCUUAACUUCUGAUAAAGAUGUGUCUGUUACUAAGUGGCUGUUUUUGGUUUGCUGGACCUUAUUCCUGGUAUCUCUAAGCUAGAGUUAGACUCAGCAGUACACUUAAAUGUCUGUUUUUGUUAUUCUAAUAUGCUUAUCUUAAGUCCUACUCCUCUCCUUCAUAUUUAAAGUUUUCUUUGUAGUUUGCCUUUGGACCACAUAGUGUUUUAUAUAUAUGGUAGAAAUAUAAAUAUUUUUAUGAUAAAGUCCCAAAUGGUUAUCUUGGCCUAACUCUGGGAGACCUUGCAUGACUCCCCUCCCUGCGUAGUUCCCUGCUUUGAUUCUUGGUCACUCUCCCUCGAAACUCCUUACACUGGCUACAUUGGCCACGUGCCUUAUUAGCCUGCCACAUAUCCAUCCAGGGCCUCCCACACUCCCUCAGCCCUCGACUCCAAGAUAACUCCUACUCGGCCUUUGGGUCUUAGUUAAAUAUUACUUCCUCUUAGCCUUCUUAGUCACCACUCCCAAGGAAUGUGGGCCCCCCAUACCUUGUCUCAUCAACAGAGAACUUAACACAAUGAAAAUUUACAAAUAUAUGUCUGCUCGCUCUCCAUGGUAGAAGGGCUUUGAGCUUGAUGAGGAUAGGGACCCAGGGCUCAGCCCACGACAUGACACCCUAAGUCAUAGAAGUUGCUCAAGAAAUAUUUAAUGAAAGACAUUUUGUAGGUUAUCUAAUCUAUUGCUCUGUAAACCUUAAAUGACUUUUUUAUUGGAUUGUUGCCAUGCUUAUUUAUGUUUAAAGCCUAUAUGAAAGUAUUUAAGUAAUUUUGAUAGGGGAAACAGGAUCAUGAACUUCCAUUUAUUUGAUUGACUAGAAAUUCUGCUAUGUGAAUUUCAGCCAUUUUCCCAUGUGUUUUUAUCAUAAGUUUGCCUUUAUAUUUUAGGCCAAAGUGUGGGACAUGGCUUUCAAAACUGAGACAGAACAAGAGGUAAAGAAAAAUAACUAAAGGGGAAGGUUGUCUUUGUGGGAAGAAAAUACUUUCUGUGAAAGCAAAGUUCUAGUAGAACUGCUGCUUUUUGAGGCCAACAUUAGAGGACCGGAAGCAGUUUUUCUUCUGAUUUCCGUAUACUUUCCAAAAAGGCUUCAACAUUGUAAAGGCUUUGCUGAAAUUGAAGGCUUGGCUGAGUGUAGUUUGUUGCUGCUGCUGUUCAGGAUACUUAAGUGUUUCAUGGAGAACUUUGAGCAUUUCUGGCCAAUGUAACAUGAACAUGGUUUACCAAGAUAAUGGAGUCAUUUGAGAGUUGUAGCAUUUCAGUUACAAAAUAAUAAUAUAUUUGGAGGGAAAUACACCAAAGUGGGAUUAUAUGUUACUUUUCCCCACUUAGGUUUAUGUUUUCUAAAUUUUCUCUAAUGAACCUGUUAUAUAAUUGGCAAAAAAGAAGUUACUUUUGAAAAGACUAAUUGUGGGUGUAACUUGGAAGCUUGAGUUAUUGGUUUAGUAACAGUAGGUUGAUUUGUAUGGCUUUACUGUUUUACCUUUUUUGGAUAGCAAGGGGUGAGGUAAAUUGGUUGAGGGGAGUUGGUUGGUUGUGGUUGAAGAUAUUUAAAGACAUCCUUCUAUAUCUAAGAAAUCUAACAGUUCUAAAGCUGGUUCUGGAAUAAAUAGUUAAGUAGAUUUUCAGUGUGAAAAUAAAUCUGUUAAUUUGUUAUGGCUAAGAUUCUUCCAGGGCUGAAUGGACUGAAUAUUCUGUUGAUGGGAUAAGCCUUCUUUCAUGCUGCCUACUCCUUCAACCCUCCCCACUCUGUUUUUCCUUCUUUCUUCUUUAAGGCCAAGGUUGAAGCUGCUAUCAGGGGAGUGCUGUGGAGCCAGCAUUGCUGUCUGAGUUACAGUGUCCUUAAACCGUCUGGCUAAGGGCAAGACCUAAGUUUCCAGUCUGCCCUUGGCAUCUGUGCAGUGAAUUAUUUAUUAUCCUGAAAAUCUGUAGGCACUCUUUUUCCACUUGUAAAGAAACCAAUGUGCACCUGUUCAUUAUUCGAAAAUCUUGCCCUUUUCUCAACACAAAAUGUUUUUGAUCACUUAGAUCAAAAUUUUUUUUGUCAAGGUUAAGUAAAAUUCUUAAUCCUUCUCCCUGGGUACUCGUUUAACUCUAAAAAAUGUGAUCUUUAGAAAUGGUUAAAGUUCUACAUUUCAAAUAUCAGAAGUUAUUUUUUCAUCCAAAAUGUAGCAGAUAGACCUUUUUUUCUUACAUCAUUAAUAGCAGUUAUCCACUCUUCCCCUCUUUCCAGUGGCAGUUUUCAGAGAUUGGACCCAGAAUGCUAAUAUCCUGGAAUAAUGACUAUUUCUAAAUGACAGGAAGAUUGCAUAGGGUUCAUGAGGUUUUUGACCAAAGUUAGGAUGGGCUUUUUUCCUACUGUAGUCAAUAUCUAGCAAAGUAAACAAAAAAGACUUUCAUUUAAUUCUGGGUGUUUUAAAACUCUAUGCCUUGAUUGUCUCUAAUUGCUUGAGUUCCAGGAGCUGAGAACUGAUACCUUCUUUUACAUAGCUUUAAUAUAAAACUGAAAAAGGUGAAUUGCACACAAAUUUCAUUAAAAUUGAGAUUAAUAGAAAACCUACUGAAACUAUUUCAAGACAAUAACUUCUAUUUAUUUGAGUCUUAUAUAAACUGGAGAUCAUUAUAGUUACAGUGUUUGAAUUUAUCUUAAAUAGAGUGAGAGGAGCAAUGAAGAACCUUAUUACUAUUAAGAAAUUAAACCUUGUUAGUUUGCAACAUGUUUCUAAAUGUGGUUUUACAUCCUGCAAAACAGGAAAUAAAAAUAAAAAAACCAAAAAAACCCCAGAGCAACAUUCUUGAAAGAAUUAUUAUUAUUUUUUAAAUUACUGAAGUGUCCGGCUAAUUAAAAGACAGGCAGAAUUUCACAUUAAAAAUCUUACCUGUUUGGAUGAUCACAAAGAAGAAAAUCUAGUCUCUAGGAGUCUGAAAAAUGUGUUGAAAACUGGUAACUUACCUAAGUGUCCUAUAAGCCCAUGUUUGAUUCUGAUUUCAAGGAGUUUUAGACUUUGUGAAUUUUUUAUUUGCAGAGUUGUAUGUUUUGCCCUCUAAUAUAUUUGUUACCAAUGUAGGUAUUUUCAUUACUUUGAGAAUAGUCCAUCUAAAAAUUGGAAGUUCUUUAGUUUAGAGCUUACUAUGUUACGUAUAGUAAAACUCAAAAACAUUUUCUUAGGAAUUUUUUUUCUGGCAAUUGAGAAGAGUAAUCUUUGAAUUGUGUCCUUUAUCUUUUAAUAUGAAACUUAGAAAAGUGAUACGUGCUUUCACUCAUAGCUUAAGUAACUUUCAGGAGAUGUAACCUUAAUGAGAUUUACAUACGAACUUUCUGUUUUUCUUUGGUGAAGUGAUUAGAUCUGAUUCUACGAAUUUUGAGUCCUCUUCAGAUGUCUGGCCUUUUUAAAGAAAAAACUAUGCUGAAGCUUUGGAAAAAGCAUACUUAAGAAUAUACCCAGCACUCCUUUGGGACACACCUCUCUUGGAUUUAAUAUACAGUCCUCAUCAACAUCGACUUUCAGCUAUGGAAUCGCAGAUCUUGGCUUGGUCUAGUUGGUUUGAUGCUCUUGUGGAUUGAGAUUUGUUGUUUACCAUCUGCUUAGAGGCUUGGGCAGCAGGACCCAUUAAACUGUGCCUGGAGCAUCUAUGUGGGGAGCCUUGAGGAAGAGUAGAUCGUUGAUGCCCACACUGGAAAACCUCAAUUCUUCUUCCAUGGUGGGAUGUGUGCAUGGUGCAGGCUUCUCGGGGACAGACCUCAGGCCUCCAUGUCCCAGGACCUGAACUGGGAGCAUGAGAGGACACGACGGUCGACGAUGAGGCGAUAGCAGUGUAAAUGAAGAUCACAUGAGGGAGCAGAACGAUGCCCAAGGGUGGGUGUUCUAAAACACCACAGCCAGAAGAAUUUUCUCUCAGCAACGACAUGGUGGAGAAACAAACUGGGAAAAAGGAUAAAGAUAAAGUUUCUCUAACCAAGACCCCAAAGCUGGACAGAAGCGAUGGAGGGAAGGAAGUGAGAGAGCGCACCACCAAGCGCAAGCUGCCCUUCACCGUCGGUGCCAAUGGAGAGCAGAAAGACUCGGACACAGAGAAGCAGGGCCCUGAGCGGAAGAGGAUCAAGAAGGAGCCCGCUACACGCAAGGCCGGUCUGCUGUUCGGCAUGGGGCUAUCUGGGAUCCGAGCUGGCUACCCCCUCUCCGAGCGCCAGCAGGUGGCCCUCCUCAUGCAGAUGACCGCCGAGGAGUCUGCAAACAGCCCAGUAGAUACAACACCAAAGCACCCCGCCCAGUCUGCAGUGUGUCAGAAAGGGACGCCUAACUCUGCCUCAAAAACCAAAGAUAAAGUGAACAAGAGGAACGAGCGCGGGGAGACACGCCUGCACCGGGCCGCCAUCCGGGGGGAUGCCCGGCGCAUCAAGGAGCUCAUCAGCGAGGGCGCGGAUGUCAACGUCAAAGACUUCGCAGGCUGGACAGCCCUGCACGAAGCCUGUAACCGCGGCUACUAUGAUGUCGCAAAGCAGCUGUUAGCAGCAGGUGCUGAGGUGAACACCAAGGGCCUGGACGAUGACACACCCCUGCACGAUGCCGCCAACAACGGGCACUACAAGGUAGUGAAAUUGUUGUUACGUUACGGAGGGAAUCCUCAGCAAAGCAACAGGAAAGGCGAGACGCCGUUGAAAGUUGCCAAUUCCCCAACAAUGGUGAAUCUCCUGCUGGGCAAGGGCACGUACACGUCCAGCGAAGAAAGCUCCACCGCAGAGAGCUCAGAGGAGGAAGACGCCCCCUCGUUCGCACCUUCCAGUUCAGUGGAUGGCAAUAACACAGACUCUGAAUUUGAAAAGGGCCUGAAGCACAAGGCCAAGAACCCAGAGCCCCAGAAAACUGUGACCCCCGUCAAGGACGAGUAUGAGUUUGAUGAGGAUGACGAGCAAGACAGGGUCCCUCCUGUGGACGAUAAGCACUUGUUAAAAAAGGAUUACAGAAAAGAGACUAAGUCAAACAGUUUUAUUUCUAUACCCAAAAUGGAAGUUAAAAGUUACACUAAAAACAACACAAUUGCACCAAAGAAAGCUGCGCAUCGCAUCUUGUCGGACACGUCAGACGAAGAGGAGGUGAACGUCACCAUGGGGACUGGAGAAAAGCUGAGACUGUCAGCGCACGCAGUACUGCCCGGUAAUAAAACACGGGAGUCUUCUAAUUCCAAGCAGCAGAAAGAAAAAAAUAAAGUGAAAAAGAAGCGAAAGAAAGAUACAAAAGGCAAAGAAGUUCGGUUUGGAAAAAGGAGCGACAAGUUCUGUUCCUCUGAGUCCGAGAGUGAGCCCCUGGGGAGUGACGAGGACGACGGCUCUGUUGGCAGCUCUGGCUGUGCCAAAGGGUCUCCACUAGUGUUGAAGGAUCCCUCCCUGUUUAGCUCGCUCUCUGCCUCCUCCACCUCCUCCCAUGGGAGCACCGCCUCCCAAAAGCAUAACCCCAACCACACAGACCAGCACUCCAAGCACUGGAGAACGGACAAUUGGAAAACCAUCUCUUCUCCUGCCUGGUCGGAGGUCAGCUCUUUGUCGGACUCUACCAGGACACGGCUGACGAGCGAGUCUGACUGCUCCUCGGAGGCCUCCAGUGUGGAGUCCCUGAAGCCCGUCAGGAAGAAGCGGGAGCAUAGGAAAGGGGGUGGCCUGCAGGGCACGCUCUCGGAGAAGAAGAGUGCGUUCCACGCCAGCGUGGAUGGUGCCAUCCCAAAGCUAGACAAGGAGGGGAAGGUUGUCAAAAAACACAAAACAAAACAUAAACACAAAAACAAGGAGAAAGGACAGUGUUCGGUCAGCCAGGAACUUAAACUGAAAAGUUUCACUUAUGAAUAUGAGGACUCAAAGCAAAAGCCCGACAAGGCCAUACUUCUAGACAAUGAUAUUCCCACUGAAAACAAGCUAAAGGUGUUAAAGCAUGACCGAGACCAUUUUAGGAAAGAAGAGAAACUUAGCAAAAUGAAGUCAGAAGAAAAAGAAUGGUUAUUUAAAGAUGAGCUAAUAAAGGUCUCCAAAGAUGAGAAAUCACUCAAGAGAAUCAAAGACCUGAGUAAAGACGUCACGAAAUGUUUCCGAGAAGAGAAAGACCGCACCAACAAGUCAGAAAAGGAGAAACUGAUGAAAGAGAAGUCUCCAAAGGAGGAGAAGCUGAGGCUAUACAAAGACGAAAGAAAGAAAAAGUCAAAAGACAGGCCCUCAAAACUAGAGAAGAAGAAUGAUUUAAAAGAGGACAAAAUGUCAAAAGAGAAGGAGAAGACUUUUAAAGAAGACAAACUCAAAAAAGAAAAAGUUUAUAGGGACGAUUCUGCUUUUGAUGACUAUUGUAACAAAAAUCAGUUUCUGGAGAAUGAAGACACCAAGUUCAGCCUCUCUGAUGACCAGCAGGAACGGUGGUUUUCUGACUUGUCCGACUCGUCCUUUGAUUUCAAAGGGGAGGACAGCUGGGACUCUCCAGUGCCCGACUACCGGGAGAUGAAGAGUGACUCUGUCGCCAAGCUCAUCCUGGAGACGGUGAGAGAGGACUCAAAGGAGAAGAGGCGGGAUAACAAAAGCAGGGAGAAGAGAGACCACAGCGAGAGACGCAGUGACAGAGAUUCUUUCUUUAGAAAGAAAGACAGGGACUAUCUGGAUAAAAAUGCUGAAAAAAGAAAAGACCAAACUGAAAAGCAUAGAAGUAUCCCCAGCUAUCUGUCAGAGAAGGAUAAGAAGAGGAAAGAGUCUGUGGACGGAGCCAAAGAGCGGAAAGACAAGGACCUGAGUGACAUCUGCAGGGACAGAAAAGACUCCUUCGAGAGCGCCAAGGAGAGGAAAGAAGUCAGAGCUAAGCCCGAGGAGGCCUACAGAGAAGGCCUCAAAGAGUUCAGCUGUGACAGUUUUUUCAAGGACAAGUCUGACUCUGACUUUGUCAAAAGUCUGGAGUCUUGGGAGAGGCAUCAUUCAGUGAAAGAAAAAGACAAGAAGGACGGCAUCGAUAAGGAAAAGAAAGAGAAAGUAAAAUCAGAAAAAUAUAAAGACAAGUCCAGUGACAAAGACAAGAAUGAAAAAUCUAUCCUUGAAAAGAUUCAGAAGGACAAAGAAUUUGAUAAAUGUUUUAAGGAGAAAAAAGAAAUUAAGGAAAAACAUAAAGAUGUACAUAGCAAAGACAAAGAAAGAAAAGCUUCUGUUGAUCCAGUUAAAGAAAAAAAGGAGAAAACUUACCCUGGAAUUCUCUCAGAAGAUUUCUCUGAAAAAAAAGAUGAAAAAAAGGGUAAAGAGAAAAGUUGGUAUAUCGCAGACAUAUUCACAGAUGAAAGUGAAGAUGAAAAAGACACCUAUGCUGCCAGUGGGUUCAAACUCACAGAAACCGGGGAGGGGCAGAGGGCAGAAGGCCCACAGGACAGGGAGGAGGGGAAAGAGCCCUACCCCUCAGACAAGCACCGGAAGUACUCCUCUGAUAAGCAGCACUCGGAGAAGCAGAAAGAUAAAGAAUCCAAGGACAAAAAAAAGGACAAAGGAGCCACUGAAGGAGGGAAAGACAGAAAAGAAAAAAUCUUUGAAAAACACAAAGAGAAGAAGGAUAAAGAGUCCACAGAAAAGUACAAGGACAGGAAAGACAGAACUUCAGCUGAGUCUACUCAAGAAAAGAAAAAUAAACAGAAACUCCCUGAGAAGGCUGAAAAGAAGCACGCAGUAGAAGACAAGGCAAAAAGCCGGCACAAAGAGAAGUCUGACAAGGAACAUUCCAAAGAGAGGAAGUCUUCAAAAAGUGCUGAGAUGGAAAAAAGUUUAUUAGAAAAGUUGGAAGAAGAAGCUCUGCAUGAGUACAGAGAAGAUUCCAAUGAUAAAAUUAGUGAGAUCUCCUCUGACAGCUUCACCGACCGAGGGCAGGACCCUGGGCCGACCGCCCUGCUGGAGGUGUCCUUCACAGAGCCCCCCGAGGAGAAGGCCAGGGAGGGCUCUUGCCUGCAGGAGAAGCUGAAGGAGAGGCACAGACACUCCUCGUCCUCAUCAAAGAAGAGCCACGACCGAGAGAGGGGGAGGAAAGAAAAGGCCGAGAAGAAAGACCGGAGUGAGGACUACAAGGAGACGGGCAGUAGAAAGGACUCCAGCCAGUAUGAAAAAGACUUCCUGGACGGGGACACUUACAGCAUUUCCUAUAAUACAAAAGCUGAUAUAGAAGAUGAGUUAGAGAAAACCAUUGAAUUGUUUUCUACUGAAAAGAAAGAUAAAAACGAUUCUGAAAGAGAACCUUCCAAGAAAAUAGAAAAAGAACUAAAGCCUUAUGGGUCCAGUGCCAUCAACAUCCUGAAAGAGAAGAAGAAGAGAGAGAAGCACAGGGAGAAGUGGAGAGAUGAGAAGGAGAAGCACCGAGAAAAGCAUCCAGAUGGCUUCCUUAGGCACCACAAGGACGAGCCAAAGCCUGGAGCCAAAGACAAGGACAACCCUCCAAACUCUAAUUUUAAAGACAAGUCCAAGGAGGAGACCCUGAGACUCGGGGAGGUCAAGCUGAAGGAGAAGUUCAAGGAAAGCCAGGAGAAGGGCGACUUAGCAAAGAUCAGCAACGGGAACGAGAAGCUGCCGCCGUCCAGGGACUCCAGCAGGAAAGACCACCGGCCUCGAGAAAAGUUGCUAGUGGAUGGUGACCUGAUGAUGACGAGCUUCGAGAGGAUGCUCUCCCAGAAGGACCUGGAGAUUGAGGAGCGCCACAAGAGGCACAAGGAGAGGAUGAAGCAGAUGGAGAAGAUGAGGCACAGGUCUGGGGACCCAAAGCUCAAAGACAAGACCAAGUUGGCAGAGGACAUGCGCAAAAAGAGUCUAGAGCUCCCAACGAAAAAGCCACCAGGGGUGGACAUGCAGCUCAGAGACAAGAAGCUCAAGGACUCCAUUGUGCUGGCUCCGACCCCACCCACUGCCGAUAGUAAAAUGCUCCCAGGAGCAGGCUCAGAGCCCAAGGACUGGCUGACAGGGUCCCAGAUGAAAGAGGUCUUGCCCGCCUCCCCCAGGCCUGACCAGAGCCGGCCCACUGGGGUGCCCACCCCCACCUCGGUGGUCUCAUGCCCCAGCUAUGAGGAGGUGAUGCACACCCCCCGCACCCCCUCCUGCAGUGCUGAUGAUUACUCCGACCUCAUCUUUGACUGCACCGACUCCCACCACGUGAUGCCCAUGCCUGUCAGCACACCGGCCAGCGCCUGCUCCCCCUCCUUUUUUGACAGGUUCUCAACUGCCUCGAGCAGCCUUCCCGAGAACCCUAGUCAGACCCCGACGCGGACUCUGUCCACAAGCCUCUACCGCUCAGUGUCCGUGGACACACGCAGGACCCCUGAGGAAGAGUUCAGUGUUGGGGACAAGCUCUUCCGGCAGCAGAGUGUCCCCGCCACCUCCAGCUAUGACUCACCAGCACGGCACCUGCUAGAAGACAAGGCUGCCGCUCCCCUAGAAAAGUUCCCCUGCUUGUCUCCCGGGUACUAUUCUCCAGACUACGGGGUUCCUUCACCCAAAGGGGAGACUCUGCACUGUGCUCCUGUGGCCGUGGUCAACGCCACACCAUCCCCAGAGGGUAUCUUCUCAAGUUUACAAGCCAAGUCCUCCCCUUCCCACAGGGAUGAGCUGGUAGCCCCUUCCCUGGAAGGGACCCUGCCCCCCGACCUGGGCCUCCCUCUUGAUGCCACAGAGGACCAGCAAGCCACAGCGGCCAUCAUCCCCCCGGAGCCCAGCUACCUGGAGCCCACCGACGAAGGCCCAUUCAGCACUGUCAUCACCGAGGAAGACCCGGGCGAGUGGGCACAUCCUGCUGCCUCUGAGCAGCCCCUCUCCUCCACCCUCGGUGGUGGUGUCCCUGAGAACCCUGUCGGCUGGCCCCCCGUGGGGGCAGACCUGCUGCUGAAGUCCCCACAGAGAUUCCCAGAGUCCCCCAAACAUUUCUGCCCCACGGAGCCCAUGCACCCCACCACCCCUGUGCCCUUCAUUGCCACAGAGCCCCCAUACCCAGUCUCUCCACUCACAUACCCAUUGUCAGUCCCCGAGUCAGGGCUUGAAGAGGUCAAGGAGGACGUGGUCGAAGCAGUCCCAGUGGAGGUCUCCCCGUCAAAGGAGCCAGUCCCCUACGCCCCUCCCUCUGGGCUGCAGGCCUUUUUCAGCGACUGUAAGCCUCUCACCGAGACAGCCCCCGACGCACCCCCCGAGCCGGCUUGUGUGGCCGCCGCGACUCAGGUUGAAGCCCUGGGGCCCCUAGAGAAUAACUACCUAGAAAACAACACUGGCCUCUCUGCCCUCGGUCAGGAGGAGCCAGUCCCCUGGCCAGACCCAUUCCCAAACCCUGAAGAUGACCUAGACCUGGGGCCGUUCUCACUGCCAGAACUUCCGCUUCAAACAAAAGAUGUUUCAGAUGUGGAGACAGAACCUAUGGACGAGAGUCCUGUUGUUCCCCCAGAGCAGGCACCUCCAGGGGCCCCUGUGGUCAUAAGUGGGGGGGACCUCCCCACGUCAGCCACUGAGGAGCAGCAGCCAACCCCUGACCAGGUGUCUACACAGCUCUCCACUGAGCCUGUGCGCACAGACGAGCCCAAGGUGGAGGUGCCUCUGGAAGCUGUGGUGCAAGCAGUGGAUGUGUCAGUAGAGAGGGCCCCUGAGGACCUGGGCCCCAGCUCGAUGCCUGCACCAGUCCCCACCGAGCUCCAUCCAGCAGGGAGUGGGGACGAGGAGGCAGAGACCGUGGACCCCCCAGUGGCACCCCAGUCUGCCCCUGACAGCCCCCCUGCCGAUGUUGUGGCCCAAGCCCUCAAUGCAGAUGGGGCAGGCCCCCCUAACAGUGCUGGCCGCGCCGCUGCCCAGGCGGAAGCCCCCCCAGGCAGUGGCCAAUCCGAAGCAGCAGACCCAGCCCCUAAGCCACCAGCUGAAGCCCCGAAGCUGCCCCGUGUCGAGGAGAUCCCGCAGCGCAUCACCAGGAACCGGGCACAGAUGCUGGCCAACCAGAGCAAGCAGGGCACGCCGCCCCCUGAGAAGGAGCUCCCGCCUGCUGCCCCGGCCACCAGAGCAAAGGGUCGCAUCCCUGAGGACGAGGAUGCCCAGGCCCAGCACCCUCGCAAGCGCCGCUUCCAGCGCUCCAGCCAGCAGCUGCAGCAGCAGAUGAACACGUCAACACAGCAGACACGGGAGAUGAUCCAGCAGACACUGGCUGCCAUCGUGGAUGCCAUCAAGCUGGAUGCCAUUGAGCCCUACCACAGUGAUAGGGCUAACCCCUACUUUGAGUACCUACAGAUCCGGAAGAAGAUUGAGGAGAAGCGUAAGAUCCUGUGCUACAUCACGCCACAAGCCCCCCAGUGCUACGCCGAGUACGUCACCUACACCGGCUCCUACCUCCUGGACGGCAAGCCCCUCAGCAAGCUCCACAUCCCAGUGAUCGCUCCCCCUCCGUCCCUGGCGGAGCCACUCAAGGAGCUGUUCAAGCAGCAGGAGGCUGUGCGUGGGAAGCUCCGCCUGCAGCACAGCAUUGAGCGGGAAAAGUUGAUCGUCUCCUGUGAACAGGAGAUCCUGCGGGUGCACUGCCGGGCGGCGAGGACCAUCGCAAACCAGGCGGUGCCCUUCAGCGCCUGCACCAUGCUGCUGGACUCCGAGGUCUACAACAUGCCCCUGGAGAGCCAGGGGGACGAGAAUAAGUCAGUGCGAGAUAGGUUCAACGCACGACAGUUCAUCUCCUGGCUGCAGGACGUGGAUGACAAGUAUGACCGCAUGAAGACAUGCCUCCUGAUGCGGCAGCAGCACGAAGCAGCGGCACUAAACGCUGUGCAGAGGAUGGAGUGGCAGCUGAAGGUGCAGGAGCUGGACCCUGCAGGGCACAAGUCCCUGUGCGUGAAUGAGGUGCCCUCCUUCUAUGUGCCCAUGGUCGAUGUCAACGACGACUUUGUGCUGCUGCCGGCGUGAUGCGGCGACGGGACGGUGAGGGCACGGGCCUCCAGGGCGCCCACGGUGCUGUCGGCCGCGCAGCAAGGAGGCGCAUCAUGUCAGGCGGAGGAGCCAAGGGGAAGACUGCACUUUGUUCAUGCCACCCGGCCGACUGACGCGGACGCCAGGGGCAGGCCCAGGGACAGGCGGGACGUGGACACAGUGUCACCCCUGUGGGGGCCACGCUUGGAUCCUUGUUUCCAGCUAACUGCAGUCGUGGUCGCAGUUGCAGGAAGGAAUGCGUUUUUAGAUUCUUGUUCCAUUCUGAUCAAUUGCAGGAAAAAAAGGUGUCGCCUCUCAUGGACAAAAGACCUCAAGGUUGGGGAAGGCAGACGACACCCAAGGCUGCUUCCCUGUGGUCACAGAGCCACUGCGGGUAGGCGGGCGUGGACAGGGCAAGGACGCUGGGCUGAGCAAGGGCCCGACCACCUGCCCGCCAGGCACUAGGGGGGACACAGAGCUGGGACUCUGCUGAUUGUGUUUUUAAUGGAGUCAAAUCCACGUGGUUUGUAUAUUUUUUCCUUUAAUCUUGGGCAUUUUGUUUCUCUUUCUGAGAACAUAACUUGAAACACUACAGAGCCAAUAAUCAUAUAAAAAGUGUAUCCCGUAAACGCUGUACAGUUUUAUACACAUUCACAAUGUACUUUUGCUGCCUUCUAGAUAAUUUAUUUUGCAACACAUUACUGCACAGUUGUAAAUAACUUAUGUACUGUAACAUCACUUUCAGUUAUGUGUAAAGAAAUAAAUUAAUUAAAACGCUCUUGGUACACGUGUAGUCCCCACAGCAGAACCCCCCCACC